AUGUCAUAUACUGCGCAACUAGACGCGUUCGUGUCGAGGCUCAAUGACAAUAACUCCGAUUAUCGUGCCCAACAUCUGAUUCUUUCAGAACUUCUAGAUACAAUUGAGACCUUCAAUGGGGCAGCCGAAUACGAAUAUUUCCUCAAGAACUUGAUCCCGCUAUUCAUGACACAUUUGCAGCAAGUCCCAAUUUCGUUCGUGAGCAGCUCUCCGCAGCAUAAGUUGCGUAACUCGAUCUUGGAGAUUAUUCAUAGAAGUAUUAUGAAUGAGACUUUCUUGCCCUUUGCAGAUGAGAUCUUGGAAACGUUGGUCAAAAUCUUGAAAGAUGAGAAUGAAGACAAUGGUGUUUUAUGCAUGAAGAUCAUCACCAGUCUACACAAGGCAUACAAACAGAAACUUGGCGACAGGGUUAAACCGUUUCUUGAGAUUAUUGGCGAGAUUUAUGAUAAUAUGGCCAAGACUGUAGGCGAAGUGUUUAAUGAAGACGAAAAGAAGGAUGACAUCAAAGAGGAAGACGACGUCAAGAUGGACGACGAAGAAGAAAAAGAAGAAGAAGAAGAUGGGCAAGACAAGACCACUACAUCCCCAUUUGAUGAAACCGCAAGCAAAACCCUUAGAAAGGCAAUGUUCUCAUUCAAAACCUUAGCUGAAUGUCCAAUAACCAUGGUAUCCUUAUAUUCCUCCUACAAGGACAUUGUUCAUCCCUCACUCAAAUUAUUCUUACCAAAAAUCAUUGACAUUUUAACCUUGCAAGUGGAACAACAACGUGUCUAUAGAGAACAAUCAGAAACUAAAGUGGUCACUUCCAUCUCCCCCAAAAUCACUAAUCGUCAAGCAUAUUCCGAUUUCAUCUUAGGUCAAGUCAAGGCAGCAUCCUUCUUGGCUUAUGUUUUCAUUAGAGGUUAUGCUGACCAAUAUUUAAACCAAGACCAAGCCAAGACAAUCCCAGAUGUUAUUCUAAGACUUUUGCAGGAUUGCCCAGCCGAAUUAUCUGUGGCCAGAAAGGAAUUAUUGCAUGCCACCAGACACAUUUUGUCUACCAAAUUCAGGGUCCAAUUCAUACCACAAAUUGAACUUUUGUUUAAUGAAAAGAUCCUUAUUGGUGAUGGAUUGACUUCUUUUGAAACAUUAAGACCAUUGGCAUAUUCCACGGUGGCUGACUUCAUUCACAAUGUAAGAAAUGAAUUGACACCUAAACAGAUUUGGAGUACUGUAACUAUCUACUGUGAUUUAUUAAAGGACGAUUCACUUGCUUUGACUGUACAAAUUAUGAGUGCCAAGUUGUUGUUGAACUUGGUUGAACGAAUUAUGAAAUUACCAAACAAGUUGGAAGGUAGACAAUUAUUUUUGAUCAUCAUUGACUCAUAUGCUAAACGAUUUGAAAGUUUGAAUCGUAAAUACAACUACAUCAUUGGUAAGCACAACGAGUUUGAAAAGAAAAAGAGUAUUAAGGAAAAGGAUGCCAAGCUUGCUAUUGAAAGAUAUUCAAGAAAGUCUAAACUGGAUGAAAUGAAUGGUAAAGUGCAAGUGCUUGAAGAUAAAAUGGAUGUGGACGAAGAAGAAGACCACGAACAUCAUGAAAAUAAUGAAAAGAAGGACGAGGCGCAAGAGGAAGAGAAGGAAUUUGAUCCACUUGAUAUAUUCAACAUUGACGGUCAUUCUCCAAUUGCAAGCUAUCCUCUGACUAGCAACACUGACUUGUUGAAAGAUGCCAGAUACUUAUUCCGUACUCUAAUGACAUUUUUGAAAUCAGUUAUAUUUGGAUUGAAGAAUUGUAAUCCUCCAGUCCCACCACAACCAACCUCAACUGAUCCAAACAAUCCAGGACAAACUGUCAAUUAUGAUAAAUGGAACGAUUCAGCCAAGUUGAUUUCAUUUGAAGAAGUGAAUAUCUUACGAGCAUUGUUUAGAUGGGGAAUAAGUUGUCUCCGAUUCUUUUCAGUCCUGAAACCCAAACCAACCAUUCUGGCCAAACCAUUUGAUUUUUCCACUGGUGGAACUAACUUACCAAUUACAUCAUCAAAGGAAGAAAAGGACUUGAUGGAAAUCUUUGCCACUAUUUUUAUUCACAUCGACCCUGCUUCAUUCAAUGAAAUUGUCAGUUCAGAAUUACCAUUCAUGUUUGAGUCAAUGUUGGAAAACGCAGCAUUGCUUCAUUUACCACAAUUCUUCCUUGCUAGUGAAGUUACAUCAGCUAAUUUCUCCAGUAUAUUGAUUUCUUUCCUUCGUGAAAACUUGGACCAAUUGGGCAAAGCCGACAAUGUGAUCAAGUCUAAUAUUUUGAUUCGUCUUUUCAAGCUUUGUUUCAUGUCAGUCAACUUGUUCCCAACCACGAACGAAGCAGUUAUCUUACCGCAUUUGAAUUAUUUGAUUUUGGAAAGUUUGAAAUUGGGAACCAAGGCAGAAGAACCAAUUGUAUAUUCAUAUUUGGUAAGAAUUUUGUUUAGAAGUAUCAGCGGAGGGAGGUUUGAAAACUUGUACAAAGAGAUUGUUCCUAUUUUACCUGUAUUAUUAGAAAACCUCAACAAGAUGAUAACCAAUGCCAGAAGACCGUACGAAAGAGAUAUAUAUGUGGAAUUAUGUCUUACUGUACCUGUACGUCUUUCGGUUCUUGUUCCACAUUUGAAUUAUUUGACUCGUCCUUUAGUUUAUGCCUUGAAUGGUUCUCAAGAAUUGGUUAGUCAGGGUUUAAGAACAUUUGAACUUUGUGUUGACAAUUUGACUGCAGAAUAUUUCGAUCCCAUGAUUGAACCGGUGAUUGAUGAUAUCAUGGCUGCUUUAUGGAAACAUUUAGAACCAGUCCCAUACCAUCAUCAACAUUCACAUACUGCCAUUAGAAUAUUGGGUAAAUUAGGUGGACGGAAUCAUAGAAAUUUCAAACCAUGUAAUGAUUUAAAGACACAAUCAGAAUUAGACCAAGAAGUCAAGGCAUUGUUUACGGUUCAUGGAUUGAAUGGUCAAGUUCCAGUAAGUAUUACUCCAGGCUUGGAAUCUGCAAUCAAGUUAUUGGAAGAACCUAGAUUGAAGGUCCAUUAUAGGAUCAGUGCAUUCAAGUAUUUGGCAAGUAUAUUGAAGUUAUUCAUUAAUACUACCCCAAUUCCUCAAGAUUUUGCAAAGUUUGCCCAUGACAGCGUUGAAUUUUUGAAGCUGGAAAAGUUGGAAGAAGGCAUGGAGUUAGAAGAAAGUGGAAUCCAAGAUGUGGAGAAGUUAGAUCGCCAGCAGAAAUUAUUUUCUAAGUUGUUGGAAAUGUUAUACUUUUCUGUAUCUAUUCCUGAAUUGAAGGAUGAAGCUAGUCAAUUAAUUGAUGGAAUCACCACCCAUUUCACCUUGCUUUACUUGAAUACAUCUGUUAUCGACCGUGUCAAGAAGGAAAGAAAUUUUUCCGUCAAUGAUAAUGAAGGAAAGGCUUAUAUUAGUGAAACUGUGUUUUUGAAUGCAUUGAAUUACUCCUUGAGUUUCUGGGAUAAAGAAGUUAGACAAAAAGGUAUUGAUACUAUCAAGAAUAUUUACACCACUACGGUUACUAUUUUUGGAUCCGACGAAAAUGCAUUAUAUUCACCAGUAUUCAGAUCAAUGCUUUAUAAGUUUACCCAUUGUUGUUAUAAUGAAUACUACCAUUCCAAAUUAGGUGGGAUCUUGGGUCUUCAGACGUUGUUUCGCGAUUUGAACAUUCCCGCUAGUUGGUUCUAUAAGCGUCAAUUUGAAUUGGUCAGAUCAAUCUUUUUCAUAUUGAGAGACACUCCAGAGACUGCACCAUUUGAAGUACGAGAAUCUGCCAAGAGUCUAGUGUUGGAUCUUUUGAAAACAUGCAAUGCUGGUGUCAAUAAGGAAACGAUUAGUGAAAAGCCAUUACAUACUGUUGUGGGAGCUUUAGUUUACGAUUUAGCUAGCCCUACAUCUAUGGUUCGUGAAGUUGCGCAAGAAUGCUUGAAAGUAUUGUCUGAAACUGCAUCUGUUCCGAUCACCGCUAUUGUUGGCCCUUGUAAGAACUUAUUGUUGACUCCUAUUUUUGGAAAGCCAUUGAGAGCAUUGCCAUUCCCAAUGCAAAUCGGUAAUAUUGAUGCUGUUACAUUUUGUUUGGGAUUACCAGAUACAUUUUUGACAUUUAAUGAAGAAUUGAACAGAUUGUUAUUGGAAGCAUUAGCUUUAGUUGACGCUGAAGAUGAAAGCUUGGCCAAUGUUCAUCGUCUUUACGAAUACCGUACCUCGAAACAAUUGAUUGAACUUAGAGUUGUUUGUAUCAAGUUGCUCAGUUUGGCCCUAACCAAACCUGAUUUUUCAUUAGGAUCAUUGGCCGAAGCAAGAAUUAGAAUCUUGGGUGUAUUCUUUAAGGCUCUUUGUAACAAGAGUACCGAGAUUAUCAAUGCUGCCCAUCAAGGUUUAGCUUCAAGUCUUCAAGAAAAUGCCAAGUUACCCAAGGAAUUAUUACAGAAUGGAUUGAGGCCAAUGCUUAUGAAUCUUUCUGAUCAUAAGAAGUUGACCGUUUCUGGGCUAGAGGCGUUGGCUCGUUUAUUAGAAUUGUUGAUUUCAUACUUUAGAAUUGAAAUUGGUAGGAAAUUAUUAGAUCAUUUAAUGGCAUGGGCACAGAUCAACACAUUGAGACAAAUUGCCGGACAGGACCUUGAAAAUAACCACACCGUCCAAAUUGUCAUGGCCAUUUUGAAUAUUUUCCAUUUGUUACCAGCAAAGGCAUACACAUUUAUGGAAGAAAUCAUCAACACCUUGUUGUAUUUGGAAGGACAUUUAGACAGACAUCAGAACUCACCUUUCAGAAAACCAGUGUCUAAAUUCUUGAACAGAUUUGCUGAAAACUGUAUUGAGUACCUCAUUAAGAACUUCAAGAACAGAAAGAUGGGAAAUAUGCUUGCUUCAAUUGCCGGUAUGGAUGGAUGUGAACAAAUUAGAAAGGUGGCUGAAGAAAAGAUCCAAGUAUUGGUGGAUGAUAUUAAGGGAGAAACCGAUCAAGAAAUCAAAGUUAUCAAGUUUGUCAAUAUGAUUGAUUUAUUGGAAUCUAUAACUAACCACGAUACGGAAUGGUUUGAUGGACAAAAGGAAUUGUUGUUGACUCUAUCAGAAAUUAUUGAGGGUAUUUCUGAUGCCAAACAAGCUCCAUUGAUUUCAGCUGCUCAUUUCCAAAGUGACCAAGGUAUUGAGAAGCUCCAAUCUAUUAUUGUUCAUUACUUGAAGAGAAAUCCUAAAGAUUUGGAUUUAGUGUUUACCCUGGUGGAUCGUCACUCAAGAUUGAAUUUGAAGGUUUCCAAUGAUAUUGAGGAUUUCAUUUUCCGCGAUAUUGUCAGCUCAGAGAGUGUUGAAGAUAGAGAAGCAUACUUGAACAAGACUGUUGAAUUUGUCAGUGGUGAUGAUCCUUGUCUUAAGGCUAAGAUUUUCUUCUUAAAGAAGAUUUUCAACCCUAUUUUCAUUUAUGAAUCUGUGGUAAAUGGUAAAGUUGAUAAGUUUUUUGAAAAAGAAGAACCUGAAUGGUUGACUAAGUUGAAUAAUAAUAUAUGGAAAUCUACCAAUGACAUUAUCACUGAUCACACAUCGGGAUCAAUGGAUAGUUACAGAUAUGCUCUUUUGGAAGUGACUUCGUUGCUUCUUAAAUUGGCAUCAACGUUUAUAAGUGGUUUACGGAAGGACAUCAUCAAAUUCAGUUGGAAUUACAUCAAGUUGGAAGACAAUAUCACAAAGCAAGUUGCUUAUGUUACUACUUCCUAUUUCAUCUCGGCAUAUGAAACUCCUGCUGAAUUAGCAACCCAAGUUUUUGUUGCGUUGUUGAGAACACAUCAAACUGAUUCAAGACAUUUGGUAAGACAAGCUUUGGAUAUAUUAGCUCCUGUAAUGUCAGAAAGGAUGAAACUUGAGUCACCAAACAGUUGGUUGAAAUGGCCUCGUCGUAUCAUUUCUGAAGAUGGUUUCAAUGUAACUCAAGUAUUGAAUGUUUAUCAAUUCAUUGUACAACAUCCAGAUUUAUUCUUUGUUGCUAGAGAGCAUUUCAUAUCCAAUAUCAUCACUGCUAUGGGUAAAUUGACGAUUCUUGCCAAUCCAGCUAUUGAAAAUCAAGUUUUGGCAAUUGAAUUGGCGGAAUUAAUUUUGUAUUGGGAAAGAAAAGCCAACGAUGAAAAGAAAGAAAAGAAGGAACUAGGUGAAACCGAAGAGCCAAGAGAAGAAGUUAAAAUUGAAGGUGAUUUCACCACUGCUGCCGAUUAUUCUAUUCCAUUCGGCCAAAGAGAGGCUUGUGUGACAUUUUUGAUUAGGUAUGUCUGUAUCAGUCCCCAACGAGCAUCCGAAAGUGAAUUGGGUCAAAAGGCAUUAGGAAUUUUGUAUGAUUUGUUAAGUCCUAACCAUUGGCCUGAAGUUUCCGUCAAGUUGACAUUCUUUGAAAAGUUUUUACUUUCUAAUGAUUUGAACUCGAAUAAUUUGUUAGGUUACUGUUUGAAUGCAUUGGAAGUUCUUGGUGUUGUUUUGGAAUGGAAGAAGGCAGAAUGGAUCUUAUCUAACUUAUCCUAUCUUCAAAAGUUGCUUGAAAAGUGUAUCAAGUCUGAUAAUCAUGACAUUCAAGAAGUGUUACAAAGAGUGUUGUCCACUAUAUUGAAAGCUAUUAAUGAUCAAAAAGAAUCAGAAGAAGAAGAAGAGGAAGAGGAAGAAGUCAAAGAGUUUGUAAACUUACUUACUACUACUGUGUCCGAAGAUUUGGGAGAUAUGCCAUCUGUUGCAGCUGGAGUUACCUUAUCAUGGACUUUAGCAAGCUACAGACCAUCUACAUUAGAUCCAUUGUUGCCACUGAUUAUGAAGACAUUCAGCAAGCUUUGCAAAGAUCAUAUUACAAUCACCCAUCAAGGAUCACAAUCGGCAUCUUCCUCCUCCAAGGAAACUACCAGUUCAGAAUAUGAAGCCAAGAUGACUACUAAAUUACUUGAAAAGAUACUUAAUUUAUGUUCCAUGAGAAUUUCAAACUUGGGUGACCAGCGUCGUAUUUUCUUGAGUUUAUUGGCACAGUUGAUUGAAAGAAGUUUGGAUAAGGAUACUCUUGAAAAAAUCAUUAAGAUUGUUAAGAAUUGGGUAUUUUCAAGAACAGAUUUGUUCCCAACUACCAAGGAGAAGGCAGCUAUAUUACUGAAGAUGAUGGUAUUUGAAAUCAGAGGUGAACCUACAUUGUCCAAGGAAUUUUACCAGAUCAUUGUUGAUAUUUUUGAAGAUGAUACUUUUAGCUGUACUGAACUUACCGUGAGAAUGGAACAACCAUUUUUGGUUGGUACCAGAAGUGCUGAUGUUUCAAUUAGAAAAAAGUUGAUGAGUAUUUUGAAUAAUAGUUUGGAAAAGGAUGUUAGUAAGAGAUUGUAUUAUGUCAUUAGAGAACAGAAUUGGGAAUACUUGGCUGAUUAUCCAUGGUUGAAUCAAGCAUUGCAAUUGAUUUUUGGUGCUAUUAGUUACAAUAAGAAUAUUAAACUUGUUGAAGAAGAGAAUCAAUUGGCACCAGUUCAAGUCUUGCCUUUACCUAAAGGAGAAACAACCAUGGAUAUUGAAGUUGAAGAAAAUAAGGAAUUGGCUGAAUUACUUGAAAAGCAUUCGCAGUUUUUGAAUUCAGUAGUUGAUAUUAAGGCUGGUGAUAUUUUGGAACCAUUGAUCGAUAUGUUUUAUCAAAGUAGUGAAACUAUUCACAAAACUUGGUCUGUUAUUUUCCCAAUUGUAUUUGCAUCAAUCCCACGUUCUGAACAUUUGGAUUUCACAAGAUUCUUGGUUAUUUUGUUAUCUAAGGAUUACCAUACUCGUCAAGUUGACAGUCGUCCAAAUGUCAUUCAAUCAUUAAUGGAAGGUAUUGCUCGUUGUGAAGGGUUACAAUUGCCCCCAUUCGCCGUGGAAUGUCUUGCUCUGAACUUUGAUGCUUGGUCUCAAGGUAUUCACAUUUUGGAAAAUGUCGAUGAAGAAAGUAUCAAUGGAAAUGCCGAAGUUCGUGAAGUCACUCAAGAUGCCUUGGCUAAGUUGUAUGCUACCUUGAAAGAAGAUGAUGUAUUUUAUGGAUUGUGGAGAAGAAGAGCCAAGUAUGCUGAAACAAUCAGUGCUUUAUCAUAUGAACAAAUUGGUCUUUGGGAUAAAGCUCAACAACUUUAUGAAGCUGCUCAAAUCAAGGCAAGAAGCGGAGCUUUACCAUAUGGCGAAUCUGAAUACACGCUUUGGGAAGACCAUUGGAUACUUUGUUCUGAAAAGUUGCAACAUUGGGAUAUUUUGACUGAUUUGGCAAGACAUGAAGGGUUCUCUGACUUGCUUUUGGAGUGUGGUUGGCGUGUAGCAGAUUGGUAUAAUGAUAGAGAAACUUUGAAUCAAACUGUCAAGAAUGUUAUGGAUGUACCUACACCUCGUCGUCAAGUGUUUGAAACAUUCCUUUGUUUACAAGGAUUUGGACAAGAGAAGGAAACUUUACAAGAUCUUUCAAGGUUGUGUGAUGAAGGAAUUCAAUUGGCAUUACGUAAAUGGCAUGGAUUACCUCAAAGAUUCAAUAAUGCACAUAUUCCACUUUUGCACACUUUCCAACAAUAUGUGGAAUUCAUGGAAGCCAGUCAAGUUUAUGCUAGUUUGGUAACCACCAAUGCACAGAAUUUGGAUGUUAAAUCUCAAGAAUUGAAGAGAGUGUUGCAAGUAUGGAGAGAAAGAUUGCCUAAUGUAUGGGAUGAUAUUAAUAUUUGGAACGAUUUAGUCACAUGGCGUCAACAUGCAUUCCAGGUAAUUAAUAAGGUUUACAUGCCAUUCAUUCCUAUUUUACAACAAUCUAAUUCUGGCGGAAAUGCAAAUUCUUAUGCUUACCGAGGAUUCCAUGAAAUUGCCUGGGUCAUUAAUAGAUUUGCUCAUGUUGCUAGAAAACACAACAUGCCUGAAGUUUGUAUCAAGGAAUUGACUCGUAUUUAUCAAUUACCAAACAUUGAAAUCCAAGAAGCCUUUUUGAAAUUAAAGGAACAAGUUAAAUGUCAUUAUCAAAACCCUAAUGAAAUCAACACUGGUUUGGAUGUUAUUAGUAACACUAAUUUGGUUUAUUUUGCUACUCAACAAAAGGCGGAAUUCUUCACAUUGAAAGGUAUGUUCUUGAAUAAGUUGAACCAAAAGGAUGAAGCCAAUAAGGCGUUUGCUACUUCUGUGCAAAUUGAUUUGAACUUGCCUAAAGCUUGGGCUGAGUGGGGGAUCUUUAAUGAUCGUCGUUUCAAGGAGAAUCCUAAUGACAUGGUUUAUGCUAACAAUGCAAUCAGUUGUUACUUACAAGCUGCUGGGUUGUACAAGAAUGGCAAAACCAGGAAAUUGUUGGCUAGAAUCUUAUGGUUGAUUAGUUUGGAUGAUGCAUCCGGUACUUUGGCACAAGCAUUUGAAAACUUUGGUGGUGAAGUUCCAGUAUGGUACUGGAUUACAUUCAUUCCACAAUUGUUGACUUCACUUUCUCAUAAAGAGGCUAAAUUGGCCAAACUGAUUUUAGUGAGAAUUGCCAAAAAUUAUCCACAAGCUUUACAUUUCCAAUUGAGAACCACGAAGGAAGACUUUGCCGCUCAACAGAGACAAGCAAUUGAAAUUGCCAGACAACAACAAGCUCAACAACAACAACAACAACUGCUGACUGCUGCUGCUGCUGCUGCUGCAACUACCGCAUCCCUGAGCAACACACCAGAAAAGACAGAGAAUGGAGGAGAGCAAACCGAUGGUAAAGCCGAGUCCUCUGAAGGUAAAUCGCCAAAGGCUCAAUCGCAACCACCACCUACAUUCAAACCAAAUAUCCCCCUUUCAGUUCGUCAACCGUUGGAACAUGUCGAGGAAAUCAUGGGUAUUUUGAAAACAGCAUAUCCAUUACUUGCCCUUUCUUUAGAAUCAUUAGUUGACCAAAUUAACCAACGUUUCAAAUGUACUGCAGAUGAAGAUGCUUACAGACUUGGUGUUGCUUUAUUAAAUGAUGGAGUGCAAUACUUGAAUCGUUUGGGUAAUCCUCGUGAUGAUGCUAAGUUGCCUCCAAUCACUGAAGCCAACAUUACCAGAUUUGCUGAGACAGUAUUGCCCAAACAAAUUAGAGCCGAAUUUGAAAAGGAUUUGGUUGUGGGUAAACCAAACUUGGAAACUUAUAUUAUCAAGUUGAGAAAGUGGAGAGAUAGAUUAGAGGAUAAGUUGGAUAGAAGAUUUAGUGAAGUCAAUUUAGAGAACUUGUGCCCCCACUUGAGUGAAUUCCAUCAUCAGAAAUUCGAAGAGAUUGAAGUUCCAGGGCAAUACUUGUUGAAUAAAGACAACAAUAACCAUUUCGUCAAGAUUGAAAGAUUCUUGCCUACGAUUGAUUUAGAAAGAGGUACUAAUGCCUGUUAUAAGAGAUUAAGAAUUCGUGGACAUGAUGGAAGUUUGCAUACAUUCGCCGUGCAAUUCCCAGCCGCUAGACAUUGUCGUCGAGAAGAAUGUGUGUUCCAAUUGUUUAGAAUAUUCAAUGAUAGCAUAUCAAGAAAAGUGGAAACCAGAAGAAGAAAUAUUCAAUUCACAUUGCCAGUUGCUGUUCCAUUAUCGCCCCAUAUUAGAAUUGUCAAGGAUGAUUCAAGAGACAUUACAUUACAAAAAGUGUAUGAAGAUUUCUGCAAGAAGAAGGGAGUUAGUCGCGAUGAACCAUUCAUCUACACUGUUAAGAAAUUACGGGAUGCUUAUGAUCCAAGAUUGCCCAAGCCAGAUUUGGCAAGUAUUAGAGUGGAAAUACUUGGUGCUAUUCAAGCUUUGCUUGUUCCAUCCACUGUGCUUAAGAACUAUUUCGUGGGUCUUUAUCCUAACUUUGAAGAUUUCUGGCUCUUUAGAAAGCAAUUCACGUCACAAUAUGCCCUGUUUAUUUUCAUCACGUACAUGAUGUGUGUCAAUGCCCGUCAACCACAAAAGAUUCAUGUCAACAAGGGAUCAGGUAAUGUGUGGACUUCAGAUAUGUUGCCAUGCAAAUUACCAUCCAAGGGAGUCGACACUAGCCAGAAGCCAACGCCAAUCUUUGUCAAUGCCGAACAAGUACCAUUCCGUCUUACACCAAACAUUCAGAAACUUAUUGGGGAAAGCAACUUGGAAGGUAUUCUUCUGGUUUAUAUUCUCUGUAUUGCCAGAGCAUUGAUGGAGCCAGAAUCUGAUUUGGAACAAUACUUGACUUUGUUUGUCAGGGAUGAAGUUGUAUCAUGGAUGAAUAACCAAGAUGCGCCAAGACUGAGUAUUCAAUUGAGAGAGAUUGUGAGAUUGAAUGUUGAAAGUAUCAUGAAGAGAGUCAUGACUAUGGGUCAUGUACUGAGUGGUGGCAGUGGCGUAGCUACACAAAACGUAUUGGAAUUAAUUUCCCAAGCUGUCAAUCCUAGAAACUUGGCUGCUGCUGAUACAUUAUGGAUGGCUUAUUUCUAA